AUGUUGGCGCAGAAGCUCAAGUCGAAGACUCAGUCAACAGGAACGAUUAUCCGCAUUCUCCCUCAACAGUCAAACAGAAAUCAGCACAUCGCAGGUCCGAGAGAUGCAAUAGCUACGAGACCAGACAGCUUCUUGGAAGCCUACGGGCCAAUCGGUAUCUUGCUCUUCCUCGCUGCUGGCGUCUCGGUGUGCUGGACUGUGUGGCUGAUCGUGCUAAACGUCCGACCGAAAGAGACUGCAAAUUAUCUCAUGGACACCAGAGACUUCGACGAUGGUCACUUUUGGCUUAUUAUUGACCCCGAAGCUGAGAUCACAACGUUGAACGCUGUUACUCUCGCUGCUCUCGCUGCCAGCUACGUCCAUGUGUUGUUGAAGAUGACUGCGCUGAGAAACUCCAACUUUCGGAUCCAAGCUGCAGAAUUUUGGAUCGAACUGACUGGGUACCAUGGACACUAUCGUAAAUUCUGGGUACGUUCUUAG